CACUUUCGUCCGUGAUGUGACUGUCUUCUGCAAUAAUGACAGACGAAAAAGACUACUUCCUCGAACUAAGUUCUAAUCCUAUCCGGUUUGAACCUGUCAGCAAGAUCGCGAACGUGUUUUUCGAUGAUGCCAACCAGCAGGUAUUCGUUGUGCGGUCGGGCGGAGCGACCGGCGUCGUUGUCAAGGGCCCCGACGACUGCAAGUCCACCGACUUCAGAAUGGACGACAAGGGAGACGUCGUCUCCAUCAAAUUCUCGCCCGACUUGAAGGUUCUUGCUAUUCAACGCAGCCAGAAGUCCGUCGAGUUCGUCAACUUUUCCGGCACAAUCGACAGUGUCGAGUACUCCCAGAGCUGCAAAGGUAAAGCCACCAACAUCUUGGGCAUCGCCUGGACAUGCGCAAACGAGAUCGUUUUCGUUACUGACCAUGGCAUUGAGUUGUACCAGGUCAGCUCAGAGAAGCGAACUUUGCGUUCCCUGAAGACCUACACUCUGCAAGUGAAUUGGUUCGUUUACCAACCCCAGACCUCUUUGCUAGUGCUUUCCUCAGGACCCCUGGGUAACAUCUUACAUCCAUUUCAGUUUAAACCGGGUGUCGCGACGCGACUCCCGAAGUUUGAAGUUGACUUGCCAAUCAUUCCUAAACCUCCGAGAGUAUGCCUCCUCGAACGAGACGUCACGACGGCGGUACUUUAUGGCAAGUGCGUUAUCGUAGUGUUACGACACCAGGCCAGAACCUCGGUAGGAGGUACCGGAGCUGAAAUCGUCAUUUACACCCUGCAAAAAGAAGCACCUCCGAGAAAAACCGACAUCUUGAAGCUAGACACGAGCGGAAGGUUUGCUGUCAACGUUGUGGACAGCUUGGUCAUUGUGCAUCAUCAAGCGUCGAAGAAGUCAAUGUUGUUUGACGUAAAGUUGCCCGGAUACAGUGACGGUUUUGUUACUUACCACCGGCCAGUUGUUCCUCCAUCGCCAAUUCGCCCGCUCAAGCUGAAGGUGACUAUGCCGCCGAACAACACGCUAGAGGAGGUCAGCUACGAGCUGUACUCCCCGAACUGGGUCGUCUUCCAACCAAACAUUGUCAUAGAUGCCAAGAUCGGCUGCCUCUGGUACGUCACGCUGAGGCUGGAACCUUUGCUAGCCCACUUUGAGGACAAGCGCCAGUUGGUCGACUUUCUUCUGCAGCGAUCCAAUUCGAAGGACGUCCUACUUGGUGUGUGUCGUCGUCUUCUUGAGAAAGACUCCCAGCUGCCCCUCGAGCAGAUUGCAUAUGUGUUCGACAAGCUCGCUGCCAAAGAGGGCUGUGUGGACCCUUCUGACAUGUACGCCCACGUGUUCUCAAAGUUCGCCGAUGAAGGCGAAGACAGGUUUCACUUUGUUGUUUCCACCCUCGUUGAGUACAUAAGGUCAUUGGUGCAGCAUCAGCUACCAGUUCCCUAUUGUCACAACGAGCUGCUCAUCAAUGUCCUUGUUCACAACAGGCGGUUUCACCAGCUACACCAGUUCCUACAGUACCAUGUUCUGACGGACUCCAAACCAUUGGCGUGUCUCUUGCUGUCAUUGCAUGCGGUGUAUCCUCCAGCGACUCAGCUCGCACUCGACAUGCUCAAGAGGCUGGGGACAGCUAAUGAAGAGAUCGUUGAGGUUUUGCUAUCACAAAAAAGGGUGCUCAGUGCUAUAAGGUUUGUGCAGAAUCUAGGAACUUCAGAUUCGAUCUCGGCACGCAAGUUUCUCGAGGCAGCAAAGACGACCGAAGAUCCUGCAAUAUUUUAUGCCGUGUUCAAGUUCUUUGAGCACCGUAAUGAGAAUCUCAGAGGCGUGCCAGAGUUUGCCAAGGGAGAGCAUUGUGAACAGUACGUCAAACAUUUUGAGACAUUGUAUAGUGAGACGUGAACAUAUGAAACAAGAACGAAGUUCUCCAGUUAGGUUUGAACCAGUGAUCAGGACUAGUAGCUAUUAUAAAUAAAAUGAACAAUGUUCUCGACCAACGCA